UAUCAUCGCUUCCCAUCUUCUUCCAGCUCGCCUUACCAUUCUACUUAACCAGAUAGAGAUAGGAGGGAAAGAUAAAGCGCAGAGCAGACACACAGAAGUAGAGGAAAAGAAGCCAGAUGAAGAUACAGUGCGACGUGUGCGGUGUCGAGCAGGCCUCCGUCCUCUGCUGCGCCGACGAGGCCGCUCUUUGCUCCGCCUGCGAUGGCCGCAUCCACUCCGCAAACAAGCUCGCCGGAAAACACAGCCGUUUCUCCCUCAUCCUCCCCUCACAUCGUCCCCUUCCUCUAUGUGACAUCUGCAAGAAAAAGAAGGGGUUUGUUUUCUGCCAGGAGGACAGGGCAAUACUGUGCAGAGACUGUGACGUGCCCAUCCACACGGCCAACGUCCCCGCCGGCCGCCAUAGUCGCUUCCUACUCAGCGGAAUCCGGCUCUCUUCCUCUCCGAUCCCUUCUUCCGAAGACGAAGUUGAUUCGAACAGCAAAAGCAGAGUUGCAGAGGAAAAAUCGGCCUGUAGAACGGCAGCUACCAAGUUAAAAAACGGCGGCUGCGGCGGCGGCGGUGGCAGUGGGAGUAGCAUAACAGAUUAUUUGAUGAAGAUGUUGCCGGGGUGGCGCGUGGAUGAUUUCUUAUUCGAUGAACCAGCCGCCGACGAGAACGUCACCGAAGCCGGACUCUGGAAGGUGCAUGGAGUUCAGCCAGCGGUUAAUGUGCCUUGGUUCACUUCUGCUAGUGUGAACUCCACCACCGAUGUGGUAGCGCCUCCGGAGAUGCAGUGGCGUCCGGUGAUGAGUUCUGAAGAGGGUAGUCGCUCUCGUUGGAGCGAAGAUGCCGAGGCCUCCAUGGUGCCGGAAUUGAGCCAAUUUCACUACAAUUACAGAAAUAACAAGAGACCCAGGAGUUCACUGUGGCUCUAAAUGGCUCUCAAUCGGAUCUAGCCAUCCUUUUUUUUUCAAGCGAGGGCAGUGGAGUUUGUCGAAUUUUUUUUUUUUUAUGGUCGUAAGCUGUAACUCAGAACCAUGAAGAGUUUUGGAUGAUCUAUGAAACAUUUUGAACAAUUUCUUCCUUU